AUGUCUGUUUCUGCAACUCCCUCGAAGCAAGUGGCAGCCGACCUAGCCAAGAUUGACAUGAGUGCGUCGCCUACCAAGACCAGGAUGGCCCUCAAGCCCAAGGAGGCGGCCGCUGAGCCAGCCACGGACGACUACCUGUACGGCAAGUUUGUCGGCGAGGUCGACCUUGCCGAGGAGGACGAGCCGCUGCUGAAGGAGAACAAGUCGCGCUUUGUCCUCUUCCCGAUCCGCUACCACGAGAUCUGGCAGAUGUACAAGAAGGCCGAGGCCUCGUUCUGGACCGCCGAGGAGAUGGACCUCUCGAAGGACUUGCACGACUGGGACCACCGCAUGAACGACAAUGAGCGCCACUUUGUGAGCCACGUCCUGGCCUUCUUUGCUGCUUCGGACGGUAUCGUCAACGAGAACCUGGUCGAGCGCUUCAGCGCCGAGGUGCAGGCCGCCGAGGCCCGCUGCUUCUACGGCUUCCAGAUCAUGAUGGAGAACAUCCACUCGGAGACGUACUCGCUCCUCAUCGACACGUACAUCCGCGAGCCGGAGCAGCGUGAGUUUCUCUUCAACGCUAUCGAGACGAUCCCCGUCGUCAAGCAGAAGGCCGAGUGGGCCCUGCGCUGGAUCUCGGACAGGCGCGCCUCGUUCUCGGAGCGCCUUGUGGCCUUUGCCGCCGUCGAGGGCAUCUUUUUCUCGGGCUCGUUUGCCUCCAUCUUCUGGCUCAAGAAGCGCGGCCUCAUGCCUGGUCUGUCGUUCUCGAACGAGCUCAUCUCGCGCGAUGAGGGCCUGCACACCGACUUUGCCUGUCUCCUGUUCAGCCACCUGAAGAAGCGUGCGCACCCUGACACAGUGAACCGCAUCAUCACCGAGGCUGUGGCCAUUGAGCAGGACUUUUUGACUGACGCCUUGCCUGUUUCGCUGAUCGGCAUGAACGCGCGCCUCAUGUGCCAGUACAUUGAGUUUGUGGCGGACCGCCUGCUCGUCAACCUCGGCAACCCGAAGCACUACAACUCGACGAACCCCUUCGACUUUAUGGAGAACAUCUCGCUCCAGGGCAAGUCGAACUUUUUCGAGCGCCGCGUUGCCGACUAUGCCAAGGCCGGCGUGGCCAAGGACGAAGAGACGGUGCAGAACCCCAGUGCCCACACGUUUAGCCUCGAAGAGGACUUUUAG